AUAUCUAUUUAUCUAUCUAUCUACCUAGGCCACCAGCCUACUGGUCCUGUUAGCCCGGAAAAUCUCAAUUUCUCCUUAGAAAGUCAAUCUCCUAGUCCUAACCAGGAUUCUGAUGAUGGUGAAUCCUAUAUGAAACAUACCCAACACCUAGUUGAUAUUAUGGAGGCUAGAAUACAGAGAUGCUCAGGGAGUGUAGGAAGUUUAAUAAACCGGUCCAAGGUAUCCCGUACAACUAGUAGCAGCAGUACAGCAAAUACCAGCACUGUACAUUCAGCCAACAGUGCAACUAGGAAAACAUCGGCUUCAAGAACAUUGAGUAACCACGAGAUUGGAAGAGAACUCGAGGAUGCUAAGGAAGCCUGGAAAAGACGGAAAAACUAUGAUCCUCUGGCAGCCUCAGGUCGGAAAAAGGAGGUCGUAAAGGAGUUCACGAAGGAGGAGGUUACAAGGAAGACCUCUAGUUCUAGCCUCAUCUCCCCAAGGGAGGUCAAGUCAAGGGUUAACAGUAUCAGAGACUCCGCUCCCAAAAGUGCGGGCUCAAGGUCAGUCUUUUUCAGAAUUUUUCGGUUAUUUUCGGUCUUUUUUGGUCUUUAA